CGACCUGUGUCCCACAUACACAGACACCCACACGGGUUACCAUCGCAGCAACUCGCCAGGGGAGGGAACCGUGACCAGUGCAGCUUUUCAGCGGAGUUGGAGAAGGAAGGAAGGGAAGAAAGUACCUCCGUGGCCACUCAUGGCAUUGCUGUACUUGAUAAAAGUUAUCUCUCGUGUCGGGGAGAGUUUACAGGGUGUUUGCUGCACAUCGGUUUGCCACUGCAACUGCAUCCUCUUUUAAGCUGCUUGACACGGAUCUUGGCAAAUGUAGCUGUGCGACAGAAUAUAGCAGAAAGAUGGGAUCUGCAUGAUAGUGGGAUGUUUAAUUCUCAAUGGUUGUAUGCUCAUCCUAAAUUCUCUACUCACAGAAUUCGUAAAAGAUAUGUUUAGCCUCAUGGCUAACUGCUGCACUUGGGUAAGACUAUGGCGAGAACCUGUCAGGAAGGUAACAAUAGUAUUGGUGGGAUUGGAUAAUGCUGGGAAAACUGCUACUGUAAAAGGAAUUCAAGGAGACCCUCAAGAAGAUAUAGCUCCUACUGUGGGAUUUUCCAAAAUUGACAUAAAACGGGACAGAUUUGAAGUAACCAUCUUUGACCUGGGAGGAGGGAAACGAAUUCGAGGAAUUUGGAAGAAUUAUUAUGCUGAAUGUUAUGGAAUUAUUUUUGUUGUUGACUCAAGUGAUGUUGACAGACUGGAAGAAACCAAAAAUACUGUGACUGAAGUUCUAAGGCAUCCCAGGAUAUCAGGGAAACCUGUACUAGUAUUGGCAAACAAACAGGAUUGCGAUGGGGCAUUAGGUGAAGCUGAUAUCAUAGAAUUUCUUUCGCUGGAGAAGCUGGUCAAUGAGAAUAAAUGUGUAUGCCAAAUUGAGCCAUGUUCUGCUACAAAAGGGUUUGGAAAAAGGCUGGACAAAGCCAUUAGAAAAGGCCUUGGUUGGCUUUUGAGCACCAUAGCAAAAGAUUUUGAUGUUUUAGAAGAACGAAUACAGAAAGACACAGCAGAGCAGAAAGCACAAGAAGAACAAGAGAAACGUGAGAGAGCAGAAAGAGUACGGAAGAUACGAGAGGCAAGAGAACAGCAAGAAAGAGAAGAAACUGAGCGAGAGGGCUUACCACAAAAUCAGGAAGAAGAACCUGAGCUACAUUCAAAUCCUUUUAAACCCAUUUCUAAAUUAAUUGCAGAGAACUUAAAAAAGGAGGGUCUCUCUGAAAUACAAGCAAAGUUCAACAAAGGAAGUCAAGAAAAUGUUGUAAAAGUGAAGACAGAGACUUCUGCAGCAGCAUCAACUGAAGAAAUACCCCAAGAGGAUAUUGAAAAUAAAAGACAAACACCAGAUAGCACAGACUCCGCAGAACCUGGAAAAAAGAAAGCCAAAAAGAUGAUGCUAAAGAGAAAGAACAAAGUAGAGCCAAGCAGUACAGAAGAUGAUGUUCCUGGAAGUAUAAAUCUACCACCACCACCACCCAUCGGCUGGGGUACUCCCAAAGUUACCAGACUUCCAAAACUUGAACCUCUUGGUGAAACAGAACGUAAUGCUCAAAUGGAUCAGUCAUCAAAGAAGAAAUGACUCUACCCAUAGUUGCUUCCUAGAACAAUAUGGGAAUUUGCUUUCGGUUGCAUUCAAGAACACUGCACUGAACCUGCACGGAUAUCAUUAGUAUUGCAG